AUGAAAAAACAGAGCGAUGAGGACGCAGGUCGGAAGGGAAGAAGCCGAGACCGAAGGAGGGAUUUGUUCCUUGACAUUUUCAGGGGAGGACCAGGAACGCACUUCUGUUCCGGCAAAAAGAAUGUCUUCCUAGAAACGAAUACCCUAGAGGUAGACAUAAAAAAGGAGUUCCUAAAAAAUGUGGAUAGCUCAUCCUCCUUUCUUUACGAGGAGGUCAUAGACAAUUUAAGGGAUGAAGACGUGAGGGAAGUGUUUAACGGGAUACAGGAAUUUACGUCAAGGGAAAGGGACAAUGAAGAAUUGUUCCUGCGGUAUUUGCACGAGGGUGGGAAGGUUACCCUGAGGGGACGCACAAAGAGACACACAAAGGGACGCGCAAAGGGGAGUAGGAAGAAGGAACACUCUUCCUUGGCGACUUCACCUGACCAGGCGGGAACGUCUACCCCUCCCUGCUGCAAGUGUAACUGCGCAGGAAGAGGUGGAACGAAAUGUGAUGUCCUAGAGGAAGGUGAAGAAGCACCAUUGGGAGGACCACCUAAUGUGGACCCACAUAAUAUACUCGCCAAAAUAAUUCAUGCAAAUAAGGAGGGACAAAAAAAUGUUAAAAAAAUUAGUAAAAGGUUAAACGAUGUGUGGGAUAUAUAUAUGACGAGAGGAUUUCGAAGUUGGCAAAUGGGUCAACAUGAAGAUGUAAUGACAGAGAUUUUGCAACAGAUUGUACAAAAGGGGCGUGAGGAAAUAGAUUUUUUGGAAGGCUCCGGGAGGGUUCCCAUGGGGAAAAUUACCACCAUGUUGAGGAAGAAGGGGAUAAGCAACAAGCGUGGGGACAGAACUGGUGGCACACGAGGGGAUCAAACUAAUGCUGGUGACGAAUCGGAAGGAAGGGGGACCCCACGUGGGGAUGAAACGAAUGCUGACCAGGCCAACCGAAGGGAAAGUACCAAGUGUUCCAUUCCUAUGGAUACGAGCUUGACCAACUCCGUACCGCUUAGGAACCCCCGCACUUCGGAUACCGCUCACACGCCUACCUCCUCCCUGGCGUCGUAUAUCCUGAACCCGCAGGAUCUGACAGAGACGAACAGCGCCGAUAAGGCCCACCACGUCAACAACAUAAGUGACGGUGUGUAUAGUAUGUGUAGCACGAAGAGGGUAAGCGGCCUGUACAGCUCGGACACGAAGGAGGGUACCGUUACGAAGCUCUCCCGGGACAGCAUUAUUCGAAUCAGGAAAGAAAUUUAUAAUAAGGCAAAGCUAAGGAGUGCCAAAGUCGAAACGAAGAAAUGUGGACAAGGUGGGCAAGGUGAAAAAGGCAUUCACGAAAUAUUAGUCAACUCACUUAAAGGAGAGAUAAAAAUGAAAAUAAAAAAUUUUGUGAAAGUACACCAAGUAGGACAGGGAGCUUACGGAGAUGUGUGGAUGGCGGAAGACAUUACAAAUAAUAAAAGAGUGGCUUUGAAAAAAUUAAAAAUAAAUGGAAGCAAAGAAGGACUAGCCAAAACGUACAUAAGAGAAAUCUCCAUUUUGAAUUCCUUAAAGCAUAAAAAUAUUGUAGAAUUGAUGGGGGUGGUUUAUACUAAAGUACCCCCCAUUGAGGACUUGCCGCAGUCACCCUGUGUAUCGAUCACGUCAGAGCGGUUACAACAGCUGCAGAAAUUGAAGCGAACGCAGCGGCGGUCCUCGUCCCGCAGGUCUUGCACGAGGUCACUUUCCCCGUCGUCCAGCGGAUUGUCAUCAUCGUCCAGCACGUCGUCCUCCUCUGGUUCGUCAUUGUCAUCAUUCCUUAAGAAGGGUGAAGCAAACGCCUCCAUCUGGAUGGUGUUCGAAUACGUGCCGUUCGACCUAUCAGGGUAUAGCGAACUUCUGAGGGACGAGCGGGGCCAGAAGGAAAGAUACAAAAACGGAAGUCUCUUCACCAUAGGAGAGGUGAAGAACAUUUUCCUGCAGUUACUCAGGGCAUUAAAUUAUUGUCACAAAAAUAAUAUAAUCCAUCGGGAUGUCAAAAUAGCUAAUUUGCUAAUGGAUAAAAAUGGAGUCUUAAAAUUAGCCGAUUUUGGGCUAGCCAGAUUCCACGCAGAUCUACCCCCCUCAAAUAUGACCAACAGAGUAAUUACCCUUUGGUACAGACCACCAGAAUUGUUACUUGGAUCGAAUUACUACACGGCAUCUGUCGAUAUGUGGAGCUGUGGAUGCAUAUUAGCGGAACUGCUCACCAGUAACCCCCUCUUCUCAGCAGACAACGAAACGGAUAUUCUUAGAAUUAUUCUAAAUAAAAUAGGACCCCCCUCCAACAAGGAAAUAAAAUUCCUAAAACAUCUACCCAACUGGAAUAACCCAAUCUUAAACCCCGUCCACCCAAAUAGCUUAAACAAAAUAAAUCAGAAUAAAAAGAGCGAAGUAGAAAAUGCCAUUAGAAGCAUACCAGGAGUAGGAGACGUAGGACUAGACCUCAUAAAGAAUCUCUUAAAAUGGAAUCCCUUUGAAAGAUAUUCUGCCCUCCAGGCAUUGCAACACCCCUGGUUUAGCAGCAACCCUUUACCAGAAAAAAUAGGCGAACGAAAUAACAUAAAAGCUGCCCAUAGUUUUAUGACAAAAAAUUUUAAAAAAAGAGAUACAUCUAAAUUGAACUUUAGAAAAAUUCAAGAAAAUUUUAGAUUCGUUAAUGUAGGGACUUAUAGGAGGGCUGUUUUUUACAGUCGAUAUGGCAAGGUCCUCAUGCAGUCAGCUGCUGCGUCGGCUCCUACGUCAGCUGAGGAGGAGAAGCAGGAAAAUCAGGACAACCAAGAGAAGCAAGAGAAUGAAGAAAAAGAGGGGAAUGAAGAGAACCAGGAAAACCAAGCACCGCCCAACGGAAGAAACGCAGAAAAGGUGCAAACUGUGAUGAAGACAAACGAACAGACAGAGCAUCAUGCCAAUGGAAAGGAAAGACACAGACGGGAGGGAACGCCCCCCCACAGACAUAACCAUGAUGAGCUAACACGUUCAAGUAGGACUGAGCUAAGUGGACGGGCUCCUCCAGGUGACGCUUCUAAAAAAUCUGAUCAUCGCCACGCAGAUGUAGAGAGAGAAAAACAGCCCUUAAAGGAUCGCGAAAGGGUAGCAGAUGCGAAGGAGAAAAAAGGGAACAAUUAUAAAAUGAAGGAACAGCACAUGGAAGAGGAUCUUGGACGAUAUGAUAAAUAUGGAACGAAGCGGGAUGGUAGCUUCCGUGGAGAUAUCCGGUGGAGACGCGAGGAGAGCUCUGAAAGGAGCAGGCACUCGUCCAUCCGGGAGGGUGGGUACCAUACUCACAGAUACCGUGGAAGGGUGGACAGAAUCAGGGAUGACAGCACAAGUAGAGUGGAGAGGAGCAUACACGAUAGAAGUAGGGAAAGGGAGUGGUACAAGAGAGAGCACGCCGAAAGGGACAGAGAAGUGGGUAGAGAGAGGGACAGGAAAAGAGACAGGGAACGAGAAAAGGAAAGAGAGUGGGAGAGGGACAAGCGCAGGGACACGGGAAGGGAAAGGGAUCGAGAAAGGGAAAGAGAACGAGAGAGGGAACGAGAGUGGGAAAGGGAACACGAUCGAGAUAGAGACAGGGAUAGGGAACGGGAUCGAGAAAGGGAAAGAGAGCGAGAAAAGGAAAGAGAACGAGAGAGGGAGCGAUAUAGAGAAAGGGACAGGGAAAAGGAGCGGGAGAGAGCUAGAGAGAGAGACAGGGAAGAAGAAAGAGAACGGAACCGAGAAAGAGAAAGAGAAAGAAAAAAAGAACGAGAAAGGGAACGAGACCGAAAAAGAUAUCGAGACGAAGAAAGGGAUCGAGAACGAGACCGACAUAGAGAAAGGGAGCCGCAUAAACGGAGAAGCAGAGACCACCCAAGCAGAAGCGAAGAGCACCAACUGAAGGAACAGAAAAAACACAAGCUGGAUGCAGAGGAUGCCAAGCGGGAACGAAAAAGAAAGUUAUAA